CCCGUGCGGAGCUCACAGCGGCCCUUUCCUGCCAGGGGGAGAGGUGCUGAGCAGCCCGGGCACCCUUCGCCUUCCUCCUUCUUCCUCCUCUUCGUCCUCUCGGCGCCAGCCGCGCCUUCGUCCGGCUUCAAUGAAACUGGCAGCGAUGAUCAAGAAGAUGUGUCCCAGCGAGGCCGAGCUGAGCAUCCCCGCCAAGAACUGCUACCGCAUGGUCAUCCUGGGCUCCUCCAAGGUGGGCAAGACGGCCAUCGUCUCGCGCUUCCUCACCGGCCGCUUCGAGGAGCAGUACACCCCCACCAUCGAGGACUUCCACCGCAAGUUCUACAGCAUCCGCGGCGAGGUCUACCAGCUCGACAUCCUGGACACGUCGGGCAACCACCCCUUCCCAGCCAUGCGCCGCCUCUCCAUCCUCACAGGCGAUGUGUUCAUCCUCGUGUUCAGCCUGGACAACCGGGACUCCUUUGAGGAGGUGCAGCGCCUGAAACAGCAAAUCCUGGAGACCAAGUCGUGCCUGAAGAACAAAACCAAGGAGAACAUAGAGGUGCCCCUGGUCAUCUGCGGCAACAAGGGCGACCGGGACUUUUACCGGGAGGUGCAGCCCCGGGAGAUCGAGCAGCUGGUGGGGGGAGACCCCAAGAAAUGCGCCUACUUCGAGAUCUCAGCCAAGAAGAACAGCAGCCUGGACCAGAUGUUCCAGGCGCUCUUCGCCAUGGCCAAGCUGCCCAGCGAGAUGAGCCCCGACCUGCACCGCAAGGUCUCGGUCCAGUACUGCGACAUCCUGCACAAGAAGGCGCUGAAAGGCAAAAAGCUGCUGAAAGAAGGCGGCCGGGGCGGCGCGGAGGAGGCGUACGGCAUCGUGGCUCCCUUCGCCCGCCGGCCCAGCGUCCACAGCGACCUCAUGUACAUCCGGGAGAAAGCCAUCGGCGGCGGGCACGGCAAGGAGAAGGACCGCUGCGUGAUCAGCUAGGAGCCCCCCGCAGAUGUGAAGGAAGGAAGGAGAGAAGGAAGGAAGGCAGGGAGGGGGAAAGAGGCUCGGUUCCGAAGUGACUUUGGGCAGGCAGGAGGGUGGGCAGGCGCCCACCCGGGCAGAGGGGCUUGCUUCUUCCCCAGCCUCCCUCCUCCCGUGGGUCGGUUUUCCUCGGCUCCCAUUCCCAGGGCACAUUUUGGGAGAGGGGGAUGCGGUAGGGGAGGAUUUGGAGGGCAGGAGGGGGUGCCAGGAGCAGCCUCCUCUGGGGAAGAGAGACGGAGAAAGAGCGGAUGGGUGGCGAGGAGGGAGGAUGAGCCCGGGGGGCGCAGACCUCGUGUUUCUUUCCCUCCCAGAACGCCCAGCCUCGGGUCAGGGCAUCGCUCUCAGGAGGGAGGGCAGAGACCUGUGAGAAUCCACUUGGGGCUUUGGGUUUGUUUUUGUUUUGUUUCGUUCUGUUUUUACUUGAGAAGCCGUGCACGGACUCUGGCUCUGUGUCGUGUGUUUGUCUGUGUUUGCAAAACACGUGCAGAAGACACUCCUAAGCUGUUGCAAAGACAUUGCAGAGUUACAGCCCCAAUGGACCAAAAACUGACUCUUGUUUACAUUUGUCUUGUCUGAUUUGCAAGAUUUGGGGGGCGGGGGGAAGUGGGAAGGGUUUUUUAAAUGAGAACAUAAUAGGCACUUUAUGUAGGUAUCGCUUGUCACUGACAUGAACAAAAAAAUCUUCAAGUGUUUCUACCGUGGGUGAAACUUGAUGUUUUAUUUUUUCUACAAAAUAAAAAAAAAAAAUCUUUUUCAAAUGACA